CUGAGAUCUCUCUCUCUCUCUCUCUCUCUCUCUCUCUCUCUCUCAUCAUACUCAAGAGGAGAGCAGUAGUUAUGGACCAACAACUGUCCCGGAAUUCUUCAUCCGAAAUGCAAAAUAAUGUGGCUGCAGACACCAUGGAACCAGAUCAGAACAACAACUUGGAGGGUGUGAAUAAUGAAUACUGGAGAUACAUACCACUAAAUAAAGCUGCACUCAGAGGCGACUGGGAUGCAGCAAAAAGAUUCUUUGACCAAGAUGCAAAUGCGAUCACAGCCCCAAUCACUAGCUUUUCCGAGACAGCGCUCCACAUAGCAGUCGGGACUGGAGAAAGGGCUAUACAUUUUAUGGAGAAGUUGGUGGAGUUGAUGCCAGUGGAGGCCUUGACAUUGCGUGACAGUGUUGGUUAUACCGCCCUUCAUGUGGCUGCUGUGGUUGGCAAUAUGAGGGCCGCUGUUGUGUUGGUGCAAAAAAAUCCUGAUUUACUCUACAUUCACGGCUAUCUUGACCUAUUACCGCUCCAUUGUGCUGCUCUAUAUGCAUGUAAAGACACCCUUUUGUUCUUAUUGACCGUUACCAAGGAUGAUCACGUGUCUAGGCCCUUCUCAAAUAAAAAUGUUGUUCGGCUUGUCAAUUUGGCAAUCUCCUCCGGAUUCUAUGAUGUAGCCCUCAAUCUGGUGGAACAUUAUCCCCAAUUAGCUAAAUCAAAAGACGACCACAAUGAGUGUUUCUUGCAAUGCAUAGCUAGAAAGGGAUCCGCAUUCCCCAGUGGUAGUCACCUGAACUUUUGGCAACGCGUUAUCUAUUGUUAUGUUCCCGUGAAAUUGGAGACGAACCCCAUCAAAUAUCCCCCCAGUGGAGGCGACCUUGAGAAUCCAGCUGCUGCUAACAGAAGAUCUCAAGCAUUGAUUGGGCAGAAGUACAAUUGGAGUAUUUGGGCUCAAAUUUUGAAGGACUUCUCCAUUUUCGGAAGCCAACAAUUGCAGAUCAUGCUCUGGAAAGUGUUUAAAUUUUUGGUGCCUCCCGUCAAACACAUCCAAGAGCAAAAACAAAUGCAUCUUGAAGCACUUACACUACUCAAAUGUGUAUGCGAGGAAAUUAGAUCUUCAAAUGACUAACGCUUACAAAUUUGCCAAAGAUGCAGUUAUUCUUGCAACAAGGUUAGGGAUUCAUGAGGUUAUAGAAGAGAUCGUGGAUUCAUAUCCCGAGUUAAUUUGGACGAGGGACAAUGACAAUCAUAACUUAUUUCAACGAGCAGUUUUAGAUCGCCAUGAAAAUGUGUUCAACCUCUUAUAUCAAAUGACUGAUCAAAAAAAAUGGGUUACAAAGUUUCGAGACAAUCAUGAGGACACUAUUUUGCACUUAGCCGGAAUAUUGGCACCUCGAAGAAAACUCGAUCUUGUUCCUGGUGCAGCUUUGCAGAUGCAACGUGAGUUACAAUGGUUUGAGGAAGUGAAAAAACUACUACCGCCUAAUUACAUAGAGGUGCGAAACAACGCUGAAGAAACAGCUGCAAUGGUCUUCUCACUAGAGAGCACAGGGAUUUAAUAGUGGCAGGACAGAAAUGGAUGAAAGACACUGCAAACUCAUGCACAAUUGCGACAGCACUCAUCGUCACUAUUGUGUUUGCAGCCGCAAUCACUGUUCCUGGUGGCAACUAUGACACCGGGCUCCUCAUUUUCUCUAAAAAGACAGCAUUCAUUGCCUUUGUGGUUUCAGAUGCAAUCUCUCUCUUCACGUCCACCACUUCUCUGUUGAUGUUCUUGUCCAUCCUUACUUCUCGCUAUGCUGAAUCAGAUUUUCUCCAUGUUCUUCCCAAGAGAUUGAUAAUUGGUCUGUUUACUUUGUUCCUAUCCAUAACAACCAUGAUUGUGGCCUUUAGUGCCACACUCUAUCUUGCAUUUGGGCAUGAUAAGCUGUGGAUGCUUAUUCCGGUGGCCGCAUUAGCCAGUUUACCGGUCACGUCUUUCGUGUCACUCCAAUUUCCCCUCCUUGUGGAUCUCAUAUCGUCGACAUAUGGUCCUGGAAUUUUUGGCAAGCGAAGUGAUCAGCCCUUUUACUAACAUGAUUUGCAUUUGUAGGAAAGAUAAGAUUGAUUGUGGUAGUUUGUUAGAAGACAAAGUCAAUUGGGUGGGACUUGAUGAGAGAAGACAGAUAAGAAAUGAGUGAGGUGCUUACGAGUUAGUGGGUGAUCAGAUGUUGUGAAUGUGUUUGAUUAAUGGUUAUAUUGGUAUUGAAUUAUUGUCGUAAAGGUUUUGGGCGCGAGAGAGAGGGGUCUAUGUCAUGU